AUGAUGGAGAUGUACAUUGAUGGCAUUAGAGACGGCAGCAUCAAGCCAAAGGCUUUGGACAAAGUCGAGACCACGGACAGAUCGAGUUUACCACAACGCCGGAGUGACACAUCGCAACGCAGCUUUCGAGUGAAUACCACUAAAAAAGAAGAUUAUUCUGGAAGCACGCUUUGCCUGAGGAGCCCAUCAAUCGAGACUCUCGGGAGCCCUACUGCUCAGCCCUACAAGAUUGGGGCUACCAUGUUUGUUGGAAGACCGAGUCUGCAGCUCAGUGACACCCCGCGACGUGGUCAGCUAGGCUGUUCAGUCUUCUCCUCUACUUGGUCGGGCCCUGCUCUUCCUGGAGUUGCCAAGAACGAGGCAGAUGACGCCGUUUUCUAUUGCCGUAUUGCGGCUUUCUAUGAGAAUCACAUUCUUAGCUCCGCGAAUUACCGUUGCGCAGUAUGUUCUGAAGUCGCACCAGCAAGGAGCUUGGUGCAUCGGCCGCUACUAUUUGUCCAAACUCAUAGAUCCGGCUUGCAGAAUGAGUCUGAGCGGCGGCUGAUCGUGAAGCUCUCUCAGUUUGUACAAGGCCGAUGGUCGUACCCGGAGAUGAACGCUGUCAUGGGAGGCACAACCGACGCUCAUGUUUUCGACCUCCUUGUACCAAUCUGCAAAAGCAAUACGCUCUGCGCAGAAGUGGCUCGAACCUCUGCCCGCGAGUUUGUCAAGCUACUAUUACCUUCCGACAUGGCCCUUAUUUUUCCAGGGUUAGACCCAGAUACUGAUCUCUCCUUGAUGGAAGAUGGGGCUGUGGGUGAAUAUCUCUACAAGCCCGAAGAUGCCGAGGUCUUAGUCCACAGAAUCGGAUGCGAUCUGCUGACAAUGACCGGCGAGGAGCGAGACGAGGAUCCUAUGGACUGUUCAUUGACCAUUACCAAGCUCCGACGAUGGUACGAACUCGCUUUUGAGGAAGAAGUUGCCAAACGCCUUUACCUCGAAGAUAUUGGGUACAAGAGAACCGGCGACCGCAGUGAAUCAGACAGCGACGACAGCGAAAUCGAAGACGAUCUUGUCUGGGUCUACGCUCUGAACAAUCCCGAUGAGUCUUCCUCGCGGCGAAACAGCGCCCAGUUGUCUAACCGCGAACUGACAAGACAAGACUCGGCUAUCAGAAAGUUUGAAAAACUUGCACUCUUUCAGCCCACACUCAGUCUCGAAUUUUGGAAAGUUUGGGAAGCUAUGAAGUCUUUGGAUCAUAAGCAUGGCUAG